AUGUGUCAAGACAGUCCCACUGAAGAUGCCGCCAUCGCGGGCCAGGCCACGAAUGGCACUCACACAAAUGGCGCGGUCUUGAAGGCGCAACCACUCGGCCGGCGUCUACAAGAGCUAUUUGAGGAGAAUAUCACGGCCAAGAUAAUCAGAACAGCAAUCAAUUCUCUGCAAAACAACUACCCCAUAACCGAGUACCCAGAAUAUGUUCCGCAGACCGGGUCGGCCGCAGGAAAAUACAUAUGCCGGGAAGCAGACUUUUGGACCUGCGGCUUCUUCCCAGGAUCCAUUUACAGCCUCUUGGAACGCUUUAUCAAGUAUCCAAACGCGGCGCCCGGCGGAACGAACAAGGCCGUCGUGGCUAAGCAGCUGGAGCAACUUGGCGCCUUGUGGUCCGAGCCUAUUCAUGGCAUGGCGACUCGCACCGACACACACGACAUGUCAUUUAUGGUUCAACCCUCAAUGAGACAACGGUGGGAGCUUUUGAAUGAUGCCGAAGCGCUUUCUUCGGUCGUGACAGCAGCUCGGAGCCUGUAUACUCGCUACAACCCGACAGUUGGCGCAAUUCGAUCCUGGGAUCGCCUCACUCAAAAGGAUGUAAACAUCACAUCACUUGAAACCGACUUCUUGGUCAUCAUUGACUCAAUGUGCAACCUGGACCUCUUGUACUAUGCAGCCGCUCACACAGGCCAGUCCGAGUUGUCUGAGUGCGCCACUCAGCAUGCACGAACUCUCAUGCGCACGCUUCUGCGAGCAGAGACUGGGAAGUAUGGGACCCGCGAAGGUUACGAUGGCCCUCUUUUCAGUACAGCUCAUGUGAGCAACUUUGACCCUGCUACCGGCGACCUGAAAGAGAUCCGAACUGGUCAGGGUUUUGCCAAUGACUCAACUUGGGCCCGUGGCCAGGCCUGGUCUAUUCUUGGCUAUGCCCAGACGUACCAAUGGACCGGACAGAAAGACUUCCUGGACGCUUCGUGUGGAUUGGCAGAAUACUUUAUGCUUCGACUUGAGAUGUUGCCAAGCUGUUUCGAGAGACCUGUAGCCACCGCGGCUUCAAACGGCACGGCGGAGCCUCGAAGUACUUGUGGACGUUUUGUCCCUCCAUGGGACUUCGAUGCGCCUUUUGACGAGACAAACCCCCUGCGGGACUCAUCUGCAGGGAUAAUUGCAGCCAACAGCAUGUUGGUGCUGUCACAGUGCUUAGGAGCAUGCGGCGAGCAUGAGCUAAGCCAGCGCUACCUCAAUGCAGCCAUCAGUCUUGUAGAAGAUGCCCUCAAGUUUUCUCUGGCUGAUGAAAAGGCGAAACUCACGCUUCAAGGGAGUGCUGUCUCGGUGGAGGAUGUACAGCCUGGUCGAACGUUUGAAGCGCUGCUAAAGAAUGCUACGGCAAACCACAAUGCUGGAGAUCAUUGCAGGUACUGGGAUCAUGGUCUUGUUUACGGCGACUACUAUUUGAUUGAAUUUGGUAAUCGCCUUUUACGAAUGGGUCUGGUUUGA